GUCACUCGGCCAUUUUCCUUAACCUGGCACCACGUGUGGACGUACUCUAACACCGCGCGCAUUGUGUCUGAAAUAAAAUUGAUUAAAAUGACUGACGUUGAUUCUCGUAAGAAAAAGAAGAAAAUCAAGGAAGAGCCACUCGAUGGCGAAGAUAUUGGGACUCUGCAGAAGCAAAACCAAUUCCAAAUAAAACCAUCCUCGAAAAUUGCUGAGCUUGACACAUCCCAGUGGCCUCUGCUGCUUAAACACUUUGAUAAGCUAAACAUACGCUCUAAUCACUACACGCCGCUAGCACAUGGCUCCUCGCCGCUCAAUCGUGAUAUUAAAGAGUACAUCAAAACUGGCUUUAUUAAUCUCGACAAGCCGUCAAAUCCAAGUUCACACGAGGUGGUCGCAUGGAUCAAAAAAAUAUUGAAAGUGGAAAAAACCGGGCAUUCUGGUACAUUGGAUCCGAAGGUUACAGGCUGCUUGAUAGUCUGCAUUGACCGCGCCACACGUCUUGUCAAGUCUCAACAAAGUGCCGGCAAAGAGUAUGUUGCUAUUUUUAAACUACAUGGACCCGUUGAAUCGGUUGCCAAAGUUCGUCAGGGCUUGGAGAAACUGCGUGGUGCUCUUUUCCAGCGCCCGCCCCUCAUCUCUGCUGUAAAGCGUCAGCUACGUGUGCGCACCGUCUACGACAGUAAAUUACUGGACUACGACGAAUCACGUAAUAUGGGUGUUUUUUGGGUUAGCUGUGAGGCCGGUUCCUAUAUACGUACCAUGUGCGUCCAUCUUGGUCUAGUUCUUGGCGUUGGUGGCCAAAUGUUGGAGCUGCGUCGCGUUCGCUCUGGCAUACAGUCCGAGCGUGACGGCAUGGUUACUAUGCAUGAUGUACUCGAUGCCAUGUGGUUGUACGAGAAUCACAAGGAUGAGUCUAUGCUGCGUCGCGUGAUAAAGCCAUUGGAGGGUCUUCUCAUUAACCACAAACGCAUCAUCAUGAAGGACAGUUCGGUCAAUGCUGUUUGCUAUGGUGCCAAAAUUAUGUUACCUGGCGUUUUGCGCUAUGAGGAUGGUAUCGAAAUCGAGCAGGAGAUUGUCAUCUGCACCACAAAGGGCGAGGCAAUUUGCUUGGCCAUCGCAUUGAUGACCACAGCAACUAUGUCUUCAUGCGAUCAUGGCGUCGUCGCAAAGAUCAAACGUGUGAUCAUGGAACGGGACACAUAUCCACGCAAAUGGGGAUUGGGACCUAAGGCUUCAGCCAAGAAAGCGCUUAUUGCUGCCGGCAAAUUGGACAAGUUUGGCAGGCCCAAUGAGAACACUCCAAAGGAGUGGCUAACAGGUUUUGUGGACUACAAUGCCAAGAAGCCAGCCGCAGCUGUUGCUCCGCAAGCUGCAACGCCCUCAAAUGGUUCCACCGAGAUCAGCAAGCGGAAACACAGCGUAUCCAGUGUAGAUGAAUCCGCAGUUGAUGGCACGCCUGCCACGACAGAAAAGAAGAAGAAGAAAAAGAAACAUAAGGGCGAAGAGGAGGCGCCAGCUGCAGAGGAAUCAGUAGCUGAAGUACCUGUUGAGAAAGAGAAGAAGAAAAAGAAGAAGAAGGAUAAAGAUAGAGAUAGAGAAGAGGCUCAGGAAUAGGAAUAGAAUAAUUCCUAUUAAACUAGGUUUAGGCAUUAGUCCUCUACUAUUUUCAGAGCAUUUUCUUAGCUGUUAAGUUUAAAAUUUUAGACGGCCCUUUGUUUGUAUGAGCUGUACAAAUGCAAAUUUCAAUGCAUUUAUAAGUGACAU